GCUCGCUCAGCGUGGAGAUCUGGGAUGAUUUCGAAGCGUGCCUUCUCCCUCCGUUGGCCAGCGCUUCAGGUGCACCGCAGGGAGGCUCCCCGGUCGCAUGCGAUCCUCUCUGCCCUUCCUGAUCUCGCUGCUCCCGCUCCUCACCCUCUCCGAACAUUCUUCUGCGGCCUGUUCAACUGGCAGAGGCAAGAUCCACGCCCCUCUGCGUCGCCUGGCAAGCCAACAUCUCCUUGCGACACCCCACCGCCUCCCGUCGGCGUUUCUGAGGUUGCGGGGGAUCAGGCGAGUCACGAGCAGCACGAGCAGCGCAAGGCACACCCCUGGAGAGGCAGGUUUGGGCCGCGGAGGCAUCCCUGGACGAAUCUGGAGUUGGAGUCGGCCAAGGACGGGGGUGAGCAUGGCGUAUGACCAGGAAAACAUCUUCAAGAAGGUACGUCCUCAAGAGGACACACAUCAUGGCGUUGCGCACGUGCAGAGCUCACGGGGGUCUGCUUGGUUCGGUUUGGUCAGAUCAUUGAAGGAGCGGUACCAUGCUUCAAGAUAUUUGAGGUGUGUGACAGGCAACUGACACACACACGCAGACAGACAGGCAGGGAAGAAUGGUGGCGGAUCCAUGUGCUUGCUCACCUCUGUGUCUGUGUAUGGCCAGACGGAUCACUGCAUUGCCAUACUCGAUGCAUUUCCAAUGGUAUCUAUCAGUGAACAGCACAGCACAGCACUGUGUGCGGACACGUGGAUCAGAUCGGCCCAACCAUGGUGCGCGUGUUUGUUUCUGUGUGCAGGUCCGCGGUCAUUCUUUACUGAUACCGAAGGCAGAGGUCGUCACUUUGAUGGAUCUGCAGCCCGACACGGCUGCCAACGUGCUCAAGGAACUCCCCAGACUCUGCAAGGUGCGGUGCGCACCAGCCGUCAAGACCCAUACAUAGAUAAUCCACAUCGAUUGGCAUCGGUGUGUGUGUGUGUCAUGACGCAGGCCGUCAUGGCGGCCACCAAUGCGGAUGGCGUGAAUGUGUUCCAAAACAACCUCCCCUCUGCAGGGCAGGGUAACUUCUCAGCCACAGACACACAUGUGCUGCGUAUGUCUGUCUGUCCUUGUGUGGUUGAUGCAGUGGUGAUGCAUGCCCAUUUCCAUGUGGUGCCCCGGUUCACGGGCGACAAUCUCAUGAGGUUUCCCGGCUCUGCCAAGACCAUGAUCGACCAGCAGGAGGGCGGCGCUGUGCUGGCACAGAUACAGGCCAAGAUGGACGACCAGACGCAGGAGGGCGGCACCGGGGAGACCUGAACAAAUCAGCGGGGGCGGGGCGUGUGUCUGUGUGCGUGUGUGUCCAUGGUGUGAGCCGCUUUAUGAAGUGCCCCCUCUUUCUCCCAUGUGUGCCUUUCCUUUGUGACUUUACCGCUGUGAGAGUGUGCCGUGUCGUGUUUCGCAAAUGCCGCGCCUCUUUUCGUGCCCCUUUAUGUACGUGCGACGCGCUGGCGAUUGAUGAUUUUCAGAGAGAGGUCACGGCGACGCGAUAGAACUUUGAUAGGGAAGACGUGCGUGAAGAGGAUAUGUGCGUGAGUAUGAGAGUAUGAGAGCCAGGCACUUGACGAGGACAAUGCACACACGAAGGAGUAAGAGGUAAUCAAUCAGUCGAUCCAUCAGUCGAUCCAUCAGUCGAUCGUUGAGCCACGCGAGCCACGCAAACCACGGAGACAUGCAGCAGUCAGUAAGAGUCAGUCAGGCGCCGCCACUGCUUCCCCCUACCCCGAUCGACUCGCCCCAUAGUCGUCUAUUUCUUUGUGGCGUUGCUGCCUAGCUAUAGG